CUUUCUUCGCAAGCAAACCAAAACCCAAAGGGAAAAGUCGACCUGUGACGAAGAGAGAGAGCGCGCGCGCGAGGGGGCUCUGAAGAAUGGCGAUUGCGAUGCUCAGGAGGGCGCCGGCGUGGUACGGGCUACUACCACGGGCACGCACUGAGGCCAUUACGGUUGCGAGGAAUGAUCGCAGAAGACUUUUAGCGACCUGGGGGGCCGAGGGAGAAGAAGAAGAUGGCAAGGGUGUCGGGCCCUCGUCAGCACCGGGGCCCAGUAACUUGCUGUACCACGACGACAACACUGCUACGCCCGACUUGGACGCGCUCGACGAGCUGAACCCAGUCCAAGUCACCGACACGGGUCGGAGUCGAGGAGCAGGGAAGAGGCAAUGGGAUCGAGGACCAGGCAAGAAGGAGUGGGACAAGGCCUUCGAGAACGUCCAAUCCAGCUUCACCGUUAAGCAGCUCCAGCAGCUGGCAAAGGAUGCUCAAGUGCCGAGAAAAAUCAUGUCGCAGCUCGCUGCGAGACCAGCACCACUUAUAGAGGCGAAAAAGGGCCUUGUUGGCCGACCAGCCAAGAGCAACUCCAAGGCCUCGGGGAAAAAGGCGAGACUGACAAAGGCGCUCCUGAUGCACCGCUUCGGCCUCCAAGAUCCGUACGAGGUGAAGCCCUCGGUAUCGAGGGCCAGAGCUAACCCACUGUCGAAGCUCGAGAUGAAGAUGCCCCACCACGCACUCUUCUUCUUUGCUGCUGACAAGGCUCUGCGAGGGCGAAGGCUGCUGCAGGAGAACCUGGCGACGUUGAGACCGGGCAGGCUGCUGGAGGAUGGUCUGGUGCAGGUGACAAUCGUGGGCGAGGAGGAAAGGCUGGAACAGGUCCAGAAGCGUAUCGAAGCCUUCACCACGACGAUCGCAAAGAGACCUGCAGUACUCACGUCGGGUCGAAGCCUGAUCGAGUCGCGCCACCUCCGUCUCAUUUCUCAGCUCUCCUCGACGUUUGUCGAGGCCGCAGGUGACGACGGCGACUUGGUCAUCUACUCGCUCGACGAAGCCGACCACAACCUUGCGCAGAAUCUCUUGGCGCAGAUGGACCGAGAGCUUCUCCUCGCAAAGCAGCGCAACCUGUACUCGUACGCAGCACCGCCCGUGCCUGCGGCCCUCGAGAUGUUCAUGCCCGAAUACGCAUUCAGCCACCACGUCGGGUCCGAAGAGCCACUACCCCUGCUUGCGCGCACGACGAGCGAGUCGAUCAGCGCCUCGCUCUUCCGCCUGACACGGCAGCGUGGCGGUGGACAGGCCGCUGGCGGUGGCAUCGACGAUCUCAUGUCUGAGCAGGAGCACGCGGUGCUCAGGAUGGCUGGCGAUCGACAGACGCUCUUGUCGCUGGAUGACGAGCAACAAGGCGCAAGGGAUGAUGUCCUGCACCAGCUCAGGGCGCAGCAGCCAGGAAGCGAGGAAGGGCAGGAGGAAACCUUUUCGGUAUCCUUCGGCCAUCUCCUCUUUGACAACGUCGCCGCGAACCGGCUCAGCAGCACAGAGUCGCCACCGACACGGAUCCAGAGCCUGCUUCGGCCGCCGCUGGCAAAGGCCUGGCCGCUGCAGUAUGCCCUCGACCGACUUCCCUCGUCGCCCUCGUCGGCGCUGCUCCCCGAUCGGCUUGACAGCCCGGCAUUUGUGCCGUGCGUGCCACCGGUGGCGCACCUGCUGCAACCGGGCUACAAGCGACGCGAAGACAGCUACAAUCCCAUCGAGACGGCGUCGUCACGCAAGGCACAAGAGCUGCUCCGGCAGCGCGAGUGGAGCCUCACCAUUGAGCGCCUCUCGAGGGGUGCCGCAGAGGAGCAGAGCAGGUGGGAAGAGGAGGAGGAGGCGAGGGAGCUCGAGAGAAAGUCCAAGUUCCCCGACAAUGUCGAUGAGGCCAGCUGCACGGUGCAGGACCUCGUCGAGGUUGUCUACGCUAGCAGCGCAGAGGGAGAGAAGGCCCAAGAGCUGAGGGUGCUCGUGGAAGUGGGAAAGAGUGACGCAGGAUGGAAGGCGAGGUGGUUCAACAGGAAGGAGGUGGACGUCGUCGCGCCCGAGAGCAGCGUCGACUUCAGGCUCGAGCAUCUGGCAUCCAUCGACGCACUGCAGGACGGUAGCGCAGAGUCGCAGGGCAAGAUCGAGGAAAUCGUCAGUUCUCUCGAGGCUUCUUCCCUCUCUUCCUCCUCUCCAACAUCGCCACCCGUGCCGAUGGCCACGUCUGGCUCGUCGCCGCCGGCCGAGGUUGAGCUCCGAGGAAAGCGACUGCUUCUUGUCAAUGCCACACGCACGACACGGGUCAGUUGGAACUUGCUGGAUCCGGCAGUGAAGAAAGACUCGGCCUGGGUCAAGAAGCUCGUCUUGGAUUACAAGAUUGGGGAGGGAGACGACGGGUCUUCGAGACGGGAGAUGAGGAUCGAGUAUAGGAAGGUCAAGGGGCAUGGUACAGGAGUCGUGGAUAGCGCUGGCCCAGAACCAGACACGGCUACGAAGGAAGAGGAGGCUGAGGAGAAGGGAGAAGACAAAAUAAACGUGCAAGCUCACGCUGCCGCUUCUUCGGCGCCGAGAUGGCUGGAAGUCUCGAAGCUACUAGCUCCCUUCUUGGAGAAGGGCUACCUGACCAUCCCAGGAACGCUUCGCUGAGAAGGACAGGGAACUGAAAAUAAUAGACACUUGCUCUAAUCUUAGUCAAUUGUACACUGGAAGUAACUCGAAC